UUCCUCCCCUCGUUCCCCACCCCACCCCGCCCCCACGCUCCCAGCCUCCGGUCCCAUCUCAAUCCCACUCACCGCGCUGCUCCGCCCAUGUGAUGUGAGCCGCGCUCCCAGUCACCUACUCCCAGACCCGAAUCCGCGGCGCCGAGCGGGGAACCCGGAGCGGAUAAAUCCUCGAGAGAUUCCGUGGCGGGGAUGGGGCAGGAGGGGAUAGUGUACAACAGCAAGGGGGGAGGCGGGGGAAGGGGUUUGCCGAUGACAGCGCCGCGCCCGCGGGGGGCGUCGCCGCUGAGCAGCCACCACAGCCGGUCGCGCAAGAUCCACCGCACCUUCAACAACCUCAAGAUCACCGUGCUCUGCGGCCUCGUCACCAUCCUCGUCCUCCGGGGCACCAUCGGGCUCAACCUCUCCCUCCCCUCGCAGCCCUCCGACGCCGACUCCCUCAGCAGCGCCAAGGCCGUCGAGGACAUCGACCGCAUCCUCCGCGAGAUCCGCUCCGACUCCGACCCCGACGAGGGCGGCGAAUUCAGCGCCGCCGCCGGGUUCAACGCCACCGCGCUCAGCGCCACCGAGGCCGCCGCCGCGUACGGGGCCGCGGCGGAGAAGUACGCGCUCGGUCCCAAGAUCUCCGGCUGGAACGACCAGCGCCGCCGCUGGCUCGCCCGGAAUCCGGGGUUCCCGGCCACCGUAGCCGGAGGUAAGCCCAGGAUCCUGCUUGUCACCGGCUCGCAGCCGGGACCCUGCGACAACCCGCUCGGUGACCACUACCUGCUCAAGACCACCAAGAACAAGAUCGACUACUGCCGCCUCCACGGCAUCGAGAUCGUCCACAACCUCGCGCACCUCGACACCGAGCUCGCUGGAUACUGGGCCAAGCUGCCGCUGCUCCGCCGCCUCAUGCUCUCCCACCCGGAGGUCGAGUGGAUCUGGUGGAUGGACAGCGACGCCCUCUUCACCGACAUGGCGUUUAAGCUGCCCCUGGAGCGCUACGACAAUCACAACCUCAUCAUCCACGGGUACCAGGACCUCCUUUUCGAGAAGCACUCCUGGAUCGCGCUCAACACUGGCAGCUUUCUCUUCCGGAAUUGCCAGUGGUCGCUCGACCUCCUGGACGCGUGGGCGCCCAUGGGGCCCAAGGGGUUCAUCCGCGACGAGGCUGGGAAGAUACUCACGUCGAACCUCAAGGGCAGGCCGACAUUCGAGGCCGACGACCAGUCUGCACUGAUAUACCUCUUGCUAUCGCAGAAAGAGAGGUGGAUGGACAAGGUGUUCAUAGAAAAUUCAUACUACUUGCACGGCUUCUGGGCUGGGCUGGUGGACAAGUAUGAGGAGAUGAUGGAGAAUCACCACCCGGGACUUGGGGACGAGCGGUGGCCGUUCGUGACGCACUUCGUCGGAUGCAAGCCGUGCGGGAGUUAUGGGGAUUACCCAGUGGAGCGCUGCCUCAAGAGCAUGGAGCGAGCGUUUAAUUUUGCUGAUAACCAGGUGCUUCGGCUAUAUGGGUUCACACACAAGGGGCUGGAAAGCCCCAAGAUCAAGAGGAUCAGGAAUCAGACAACCAAGCCGAUUAAUGACAAAGAGAACCUUGAUAUGAAGGCCAAGAUAUCAACCACUUCUUGAAAAUUCAGAUGAGAGUUGGUGGCAUGGCAAGCUUGCUUGGCUAUCUUCAAGGUCAGAGCAUUUUGUGACUCGGGGAUAUUGUUAUUUAGUUUCCACUCUCAUUCUCUCUCCUUUUUCUUUUUUUCACAAUCGUUAUUGUUAUGUAACAGUAGAGAUUGCAAGCUCUGUUUAUCAUGGAGUUAACGUGAUAGGAGCUGAAAUCGGAAGGAAAUAGCCUCACUUUUAUACUGUGUUUCAUUUCAUUAUUUUGUGCUAGUUUUUAGUGGGACAAGCAUCACUAAUAUGUGGAGUUUGAGCCUGGUAGUCAUUCUAGUUCUGUUCA